UUUCUCUUCGUAAUUAAUACCAGAACGAUACAUUUUAUAUCAUCAAAUAUUUCUACUUCAAAUCUUCAUUUCUUUUCCAUCAUAUAUUAUUUUCUCAAAUUCAUGCAUACUAAAACCUAAAUUGAGCAACCAUUGUUUUAUUAAAUGUCAUCAAAUGGUCCUCCACCUCCAUGGAAAACAUACCAUUCAGCUCCUCCGUUCACCGUCGUUUUAACCGUCGUACUUCUAAUCUUCUUCUUUGUAGCAUUUUUCUCAAUAUACCUUUGUAAAUGUUUCAUGGACAGUGUCUUUAGUAAUUGGAAUCUCCCACGAAGCGCAUCAGGAAAUAUAAUAAACUCCGAUGGUCAACAAACCGAAAAUCGCGGCCUAGAUCCUUCAUUGAUACGAAUUUUCCCUACGUUUAGUUAUUCCACUGUCAAAGAUUUUCAACGAGCGAAAUAUAGCUUUGAAUGCGCGAUUUGCUUGGCAGAAUUUAAAGACGACGAUCUUCUUCGCCUUUUAACAGUUUGUUAUCAUUUAUUUCAUGAAGAUUGCAUUGAUCUAUGGCUCAAAUCUAAUAAAACUUGUCCGGUUUGUCGCAGUGAUCUCGACUUGCCUCGAGAAACAUUGGAAAAGAAUCCAAUUCUUGACAUGAAUGAUUCUCAUCGAAGUAACGAGCUACGUAUCGAUGUUAGAGAAGAGGAUAAAGAGAUAAAAAGCAUUAUUCAUGAGUCGGAUGCAAAUCAAAAAGUUGAAAGAUUUCCAAGAUCUCACUCGACAGGACAUGAAUCUCAAAUUGUGAAGGAUAGAUAUAAUAUAAUAUUAGUGGAAAAUGUGAAGGUAAAACAUUCAAGAAGACAUAAUACAUCAAAAAGUUGCAUGGCAUUUGGGGAAUUCUCAAGCCCUAGAGUUGAAGUAGGGUGCUCAAAUGCAAACAUCAAUAGAGUAUAAGUUUUCUUUUUCUUUCUUAUGUAUUUUUUAAAUGAAAUUUUCCUUCAUAAUGAUAAAACAAUAUUC